AUGGCAAGCUGUGCUUCCACCACCUCCUCCUCCUCCUCCUCCUCCUCCUCUUCCUCCCCCUCCAAUGUGUUUCAAGUGACCAAAUCCAGGAGGCCAAGGCUCACCAAGAAAGCUUCCGACUCGGAGGAGGAGAAGAAGAAUUUGGACAACGGAAAACGCAAGAGAAGCUCUUCUUUCAGAGGCGUCACCAGGCAUAGAAGGACUGGGAGGUUUGAAGCUCGCCUAUGGGACAAGAACCCCCUUCAGAACAAGAAAGGUAAGGAAGGGGCUUAUGGUGAUGAAGAAGCUGCUGCUAGGACGUAUGAUCUUGCUGCACUCAAAUAUCGGGGUCCUGAAACAGCUCUGAAUUUUCCUUUUGAUACGUACAGAAAGGACUACGAAGAGAUGCAAAGGAUGUCGAAGGAGGAUUACGUGGCUUCUCUCAGGCGCAGGAGCAAUGGGUUCUCAAGAGGCGUUUCAAAGUACCGCGGGGUGUUCAGGCACCAGCACAAAGGGAGGUGGGAGGCGAGAAUUGGAGUUUUUGGCAACAAGAAUCGCUAUCUGGGAACCUUCAGCUCACAGGAGGAUGCAGCCCGAGCUUACGACCGCGCGGCGAUCCAGUUCAGAGGCCCCAACGCAGUCACCAACUUCGACAUCAGCAACUACAUGAACUGCCAGAAGGUACCUGCCACAGCCACGAACACUCCGGAAGCUCCUCCUCCGGAGGUGAACCAAGAUUACUACGACUCUGAGGAAGCAAACGCCGCUGCAAUUUUGAUGAGUCUGCGAACUGCGAUGGCGGUCGAAAAAAUUGGGUGAGGGGAAGAGUGGCGACUUCAAACACCCACUUCCUGAUACUUGUGCUUUUUGUGUUUGGUACUGCAAGUACACUUGUCACCUUGUUGCUUUGUCUUUUGGAUUCGAAACCUUCAUAAAGCCUAAUUUGGUUGGGCAAGCAAAUGCUCUUAUUGAGCCUCUUUCAUUCAAACAGAAUCUCUAUUCUAGUAUCAGUCCUAAAAUUCAUUGGAAUACUCGAAGAUCGCCGGAGGAAGUUCCGGCAACGGAGCCUCAAAGUUGAGCACACUGAUAGCUUGUUCCAUGGACGGCAGUGCUUCUGGAUCAGGGAUGAGCGUACCAUAACCCCACGACCAUCGAGCAUUCCAUUUCUCUCCGAUCACCCCACAACCAUCAAGCAUUCCAUUUGUCUCCGAGCAAAUUCUCCCUGUAGCCUCGCACCCACUGCCUCAAGAAUCAUCUUCCUCUUGAAAAGCUAAAGCUUGUAUCAUUUCUAGAAUUCAUUUGAGCAUCCAAACACAGCCUCGACCACCGGUCACCCUGUAGCCUCACAUCUGCCGCCUCGACAAUCAUCUUCCUCCCGUAAGACUAAGCCUAGUACCAUUUAUAGAAUUUACUUGAGCAUCCGAUGUGAAACUAUAAGUAGGCAUCGAUAAUGUGGGACUAUAAGUAGGCACUGGCACCGACAAGAAGAAAGCGAGGCCGUCGCCGGUAAAAUUAGUCUGCGCCUGAGGCCUGAU